UACUAUGUUGCAUCAUGGCUGAUCAUGAGGCUUCUUCAACAUGGCUAUAAAGUUCGUACUACCAUUAGGUCUUACCCAGAUAAGUUCAUUUCACCUUCUCAAGAAGGUAAUCUGAAAUUUGAUCAAGAAAAUGCUGCUGAUUGGAGGGCAAACUUCUUGCAGAUUUCAAGAUCAAAACUGAUCAAUAUUUUGGUUUCAUUUGGCUUUUUUCCAGUUUCAUCUUCAUCUUGUUGCAUCUGUUCUUUGGCUAACACCAAGAAGGACAUUAGCUUCCUCACAGACCUCCCGGGUGCAACCGAAAACCUUCAAAUUUUCAGUGCAGACCUAGACCACCCCGUCAGCUUUGGCCCCACCAUCGAAGGCUGUACUGGAGUCUUUCAUGUUGCCCAGCCGAUUGAUUUCGACGACAAAGAACCAGACCAAGUCAAGCACAUGAGAGCCAUAGAUGGGGCAAUAGAAAUCCUUAAGGCAUGCCUAACUUCGAAGACUGUGAAAAGGGUUGUAUACACUUCUAGUGCAUCUGCUGUUGGUUAUAACAAGGGAUCAAGUGUUGUGGAUGAGAACAUGUGGAGUGAUACAGAGUUUAUCAAGUCUUUGAUGCCUGUCGGGGCUUCUUACUAUAUUGGCAAGACAUUGACUGAAAAGGCUGUACUGGAAUUUGGAGAGAAACAUGGAUUGGAUAUUGUGAGUGUGAUUCCUGGUUAUGUCAAUGGCCCUUUUAUUUGUCCACGCAUCCCUGGUUCAGUAUCCAUUUCACUAGCCAUGAUCAUUGGCGACAAGGAUCGAUAUCGAUUAAUUGCCAAGGUACCAAUGGUGCAUAUAGAUGAUGUGGCCAGUUCGCAUAUCUUCCUCCUUGAGUACCCUGAAGCCAAAGGGAGGUAUAUUUGUUCAUCCGUUGAUAUAACCAUUGAGAAGAUGUCUGAAUUUCUAUUAGCCAAAUACCCACAAUAUCAAAUUCCACCAGCUGAUUGUUUAAAGGAAGUUGAAGGGUUCAGAUAUCCUGAUGGUUCAUCCAAGAAGCUGCUGGAUACUGGGUUUGAGUAUAAGUAUGGCCUUGAAGAAAUGUAUGAUGGAGCAAUUCAAUGCUGCAAAGAGAAGGGGUUUUUAUAGUUCAUAUGCUGCAAGGUAGUGUUUGGCUGAUUGGAAUGAAGCUGGAACAGAAUGAUUGUUCUCUUGAAAUCCUCUUUCCGACGUUGUGUGUCUGUAUAGUGUGCUCUUAACUUCUUACAGCAUCAAAGAGCUUCAAAAUGUUGCAAAAAAAACUAUAAUAGUGUCUGUUUGUUGGGUUCUUUCUUUGGCGAAGUCUGGUGUGUUAUUCCUUUUCGUUAAUGGGUAGUCCAUGGUUCAAUCUCUAA